GAAACGCAUUGGAGUCGUCCCGCCAUUAGUUCAGCAGUUGUUCUUUAUCCGCACUGUUGGAUCUUUGAAUCGAUAGUGUAUCUCAACCCCCUCAUAUCUAACAUAAAAUAAGAAGAAAAAGUCUUUUCAUUAUAAUAAUUUAUUGAAAGGUAAUAAAAUUAUUUUUGUGUGUGUUACUAGUGAGAUAUCUAAUAAUAUUUUAUUAGUGAUAAGUUUUCGUCUAUGGAAGGAUAUUAGAACGUAUUAGAAGAUCGAAAAGCCGAACCAUGAAGUAUAUCAAGUGGACGUUGAUGUUAACAUCAUUUUGGUUUGUUUUCGUUAAAGCAGAACCGUCGGUACAUAUUCUUGCCGAAAAUCUAGAACAAUUCAUCACGUCGACGACGUUAGAAUGGAUCCCGUACAACGAUAAAAUUUCUUUAAGGAAUGCCGUCGUAGCAGCAUAUCAAAUUGUUGAAGAACCUAAAAGUAACGAAGCUGAACUAUCCGAAAAUGAAACAGGAGAGGACGAUCUAACGAAACGACCAGUUUACGUCUGUCGUGCCAAAAUUAAUAGCGUUUGGGUAUCGGGUCAAUUGAGACCCACUAAAAAUGUUUGUGUAGUUUCACUUUAUGGGAAAGUUACCGAUUAUAAGGAAUUUGAUGUAUUGAUAAGUAUAGAAGACAGCGCCAAAUUGAGUUGGGUUCAUAAAGAUAAAUACACGCUUAUUUCACAAGGAGCUGUUACCAACGGUGAAAAUGUUUUGAGGAGUUUUGUUGCACGAAGAGCCGCCAAUAGCCACGAUAAAGAAGGUUCUUUAUCGCAUUAUAUCGGUAAAUUCACGCCGUCUGAAAAUUUAGGUAUGUUUUACGUCGUAGAUCAAAAUAACAUAGAAAUUCCAUACGAAGAUGGUGAACUUCUUAUCGAGACCGAACCCAUAUCUUACGAAUUGAAAAAUAUCAAAUUCGCCCGGAUUAACAAACACCAUCCCAAGAAACAACAAGUAUUGGGACACGCGAUAUUGAAAAACGAAGAAAAUACUUUUCAAAGAGUCGAAUCCGUCAUCAAUUACAGUUACGAUUACAAUCUAUUUUGGGGAAAAGGACAUGGACUUUUAACGGGAUUGCCUCUAAAAGUUAAUUUACCUUCUGGUAAUCAAAUCAACGGAUCUUGGGCUUUACAUUACGUAGCGCCUCAAGUUGAAUUAGUUCCAGUGGAAAGGUUUUUGGAAGCCGGUACCGCUGUCAAUGUGACGCUUCUCGGUAACUACACCGAAUUGGAAAUACCGUACACGGCGACUAUUGUCCAAAAUUAUAAAGACGGCGAAAAAAGGGAAAUAAUUAUACGAGAUACUAAAAGAGAAAACAAAAUGAUGGAAAUUAUAGCCGAAUAUACACCCGCCUAUUAUUUACAUAAUAAUUCUCUUGUUCCUACAACAACAACAACUUCGACUACCACCACUACCACCAUAAGUACCACAACGAAGCUCACGACGACUACACAAGAAGUCGUUCCAAUAGCUUCUCCGGAAUCGAUAAAUAACAAGCAAGCCGAUAAUUUGCAAUCGAGUGAGAAGAAAGUAGACGAAGAACAAAAUUCCACAAUGGGAGAAACGCGAGAAAGCAAAUCGAGUAGUUCCAAUGUAUCGGUUACAAAUUCAAAUAGUAUAAUUACUUGUUUAACAGUAUUACUCGUCCUUCUGUUUGGACACGCGUAAAGAGAUUUUUUAAAUAUUUGAAGAAACAAAUAAAAAAGUUGGCGAAUAUUUCGAAAGUGAAAAUUGAUCAAGUCAACUUCACACCAUUAGAUAAAUAUACACUUCAGAUAUCAAUAUUUACAUAAUAAUUCGUUAUUGUAUAUUUCAGUUACAUAAUUGAGCAAAAAAAUAUCGCAAUUAAAUUACAGGGACGUAGUUAGGGUAUACGGCGCACUUGACGAGUUGUACUGGUUUCUCUCGGUAAGAGGAGGGAUAUUUUUGAAAUUUUAGGUGCAAAAUGUUGAGCUUUUCGUGCUUGUCGAAAGUUUUAAUCGAAUAUUUAGGUAACAUAGCUGCCAAUUUAACGACCUUGAAAAAGUCAAUUCGCUUAAGGGAUUCGUACCGGUCAUAAAUUUCGAAAAAUUAUUAUAUUAUUUUUUUUUACAUGUUUCAAACUCCCACUUUCAAAAAAAAGUUCAUAAUCUGCGCUCUACCAUAACCCCAAUCCUGCAGAGCAGCAAUUCCUAUAUCAGAACCCACUCCAACAAACCCUCAUCCUAUCAAAAUUUUUUCCAACGAAUCGGCGCUCGAGUUAUUAUUUGUAACCAAUCGACAGAUUUUUUAAAUUAUUUCAGCUUUUUAUUUGAUUUGUUGGAAUUUACCAGAAAAUUCUUUUUACAUUUUUUUGCAACCGCCAUUUCGUUUUGUUUUUCCAAUUUUUUCAUUAAAAGUUGAUAAACUACGAUAAAAGCUACCUUCCUCUUUAAAGAGCUUUUCGAAUUUUUUGUUUCAUUUUUACCAAAUUCGAGAUUGUCUCGGCGCAGUGGGAGCCUAUCAUUUUCAACUUUAGCACCCUUUAAAAAAUUAUGUUGAGGAAGAAAAAAUUAAUUUGUUAUCAAAAAAUAAUAAACAAAAAGUUUUUUGGAAAUCAUGAUAAAGAAAACGAGAAAAAAAAUUGAAUUAAUCGUUACUUUUUACCCUUAUAACCGGUACUAGUCCCUUAAGAAAAAAUUGAAAUAUAACCGAAAGGCUAUUUGCGUAAUGUACUGUAAUUGAACUAGUAUGACAGAGCUUAAUAAUUUAAUAAUAGCUUAACUUAAAGCUUUAAUAAUAUAAUGGACAAUAGUAGACGAGAAUUGAAAACUUAUGUUCCUAGUUUUGAUUGGUAGCAAAUUCUAAAAUUAUGUCAUCGAAGUUUAGUUUGGAAGCAGCUUCAUAUUCCAUUAAAAGAAUAGCCAAAUUUGUAUUUGGCCUGUCCUAAAUCUCGAUAUUUGGAUAUGCUUCUCGUAGUUAAUAAGCUUGUAUAGCUUUUAGAACAUCCAAACUUGAAGCUAAUUCAAUGUCCUCAAUGAGCUACAUCAUCUCAAAUUUGAAGAUACGGGUUUUUUCAACAGUUCGUAUCCACAUCUUGAUUAUACUUUAUUAAAUUAAAAGUUUUCUGCACAAUUUUCCAAAACAGAGAAAUUAUUGGCAACUUUCUCAUAUGGAUUUCAUCAUCAAGCAUCACUUUUCCGAAUCCAAAUUCUUUUGGAUUAAUGAAUUUUGUUUGUUUUUUCACUUCGUUAAUGUUUAUUGCAUACAACUUGUAAAAGUGUUUAUUUUCACUCUUAUACUUUUGUUAUAAAUUCAUCGAUUUUUUUGGGUUUUACUCGCCCUAGCUACGUCCCUGUUAAAUAAUCAUGAGUGCUUUUAAACGAUACACAGAUUGAACGCUAACUUAACGCUGGUUCGCUAGUUAACAUAACCUUAAAAGUGCAUUUGUAUAAAUAAAUUUGAACGGGGAUUAACUGUUUUGAAUUAUUUAUGUUAACUUCGACGUCAAGUGUGUGUUAUCACAGUUUCUCAAUAAGUUGAACUAUCUUUGACAUUUAUGAACGUUUAAUGCCCUUUCAUUCUGUGUACCGCUUUAAUGUGUGUCGAGAAAUUGAUGUUUGGUUAAAUUAUUAAUAUAAUUUGUCUAAAUAAACAAACUUUUUAUUUAUACUUGCCAUUAAGUGAGAUAAAUAUUAAUUAUGAAAAGUUAUGUGAAGUUGUCUUGUGAAACGAUUAAUUAUCAUAAAAAGAAAUGUUUUUUUUCUGUUGUUAUUUAUAUAAUCUGCUAAAUUUUCUUCAUCAUAAUCAUUCCUUCCAAAUAUUCUUUUUUUUUAUUAGAUUUAAAUGUAUAUAGAUGUUGUAUAUAGGCGGGAAGUGAUAAGGACGAGUAGAAAUGCCGGAUAUUGGUGAUAAUUGCUACAACACGUCCAAUAAAGUAUGAUGAAUAAAAUGUACUAUCAAAAAAUUCAAUAUGUAAUAAACAUUCUGUAUAAAAUGUAUACGUUUGUAAAUGUUUUAUUUGUAUGUAAUUUUUAAUCAUAUUAAUAUUAUACUAUUAUCAAUUUUUUGAUUGUACAAAUAGAGAUCUCGAAUAAUGUUAGGAUUAUUUUUGGUAAUAAGAGAAAAAUGAUCAAUUAUUCCAUUAAUAAAAAUAAAUGUCUACAAAUAAAAUUUCACUCAACAGAAGAAUGUGAUUAAAUUUAAAUGUGUCAAUAUAAAAUAAAUGGUUUGAAUAAAUAUUUUAAUAAUGGAAUAAAUCGUUUGUCGGGAUAUUGAAGACUUGAAUUUUGUUGUAAAACAAUUUUUAGCAUGAAGAUAUAUAUUUUGCAAAAAAUGGUAGAAUUAGUACGUGCAUAUAUUUUUGCUAAAAAUAAAUCGUGUUAUAAUUAUUCAGUAUUUUCGAAAGAGGUACAAAAUUUGUUAGAACCUAUAUUAACAAUUACAAAUUAAAAUUUGUGUAGGUAUACACCCAACAUUAUAUGGCCAAAAAAUCAUUUAUUAUAUCAAGAAUUCUCUAUUCAAUAUCAUAAUGAAUUUCAUAUAGCAGCUAAGUGUUUAAUGGAUUUGCAAAUUCUAAUUUAUUCUUCAUGUAGAAAAUAGUACCUCAAUUUGUAUACUACCUUCACUUCGUUAUCAAGAACAAAAUAGUUUCGUUUCAAUUUCAAUGAAUAAUAAUCAUUAAUAUAAGCAAAAAAGUCACUAAUGAAAAAAUUGUGUAAAUAGAUCUAAGACAUAAUGAAGUUGUUAAAAAAAAUAUUCCAUAUCUUCAAAUAACAAAGUCGGAUAAUAGAUGAUAAGAACAUUUUAUUAACGACUUUGUUUUUAUUGUUCAAUAAAGCUUGUUCCAAAAUAUCAUGCAAUCUUCUCAAUUCAAAUGCUAUAUUAUAUGUAUUCAAGUUCUACUUGUGCUUUUUCUAUAAAUUCAUAGUGACAAUAUCUUUAUAAAAGAUAAAACAACAGCUACCUUCUUUGUGAUUAUUGGACUGAAAACAUGUUUGAUGUAAAGAUAUAUUUGUUUUUUAAUUAUUAUUGUACAUUCCUGUAUUGUGUAGAUAUUCAUUAUUAAACAAAUUAAAGUAAA